CCAUGAAUUCUGCUCCGAAUAAAAAAGAUACAAAAAAUAUUUCUGCUCCGACCCCAGAAGCUCAAAAACACAGGCGAACAUUUUAUUUCGGCAUGGAUGUCAACACUAUCACAGAGACUCGGCAAGAUUCUCAAGAUAACAAAAUUAUGCAACCAAUUUAUGGACUUCAGCCAGAUUCUACCGGGAAGAAUAUCGUCUCUAUCCCAACUGCUCAUAAUACCGAGAAAAACUUGAAUUCAAAUGAAGGUACAUCGCUGCUUUUCGUUCCAAAUUACGAUAUUGAGUAUAAAAAGUCAACAAGUCAAGAGGACAGCGUUGAUGAUAACGGCUUGCGGCUUUGCAUCCGUCCUACUUUGCCACGUCGCCAACUUGAUACGCCGUCCUUUAGCCCGGCGUUAGCUUGGCGCACUCUUCUUGAUGAUGACGUUCAGAUUGAUAGAGAAAUUAAUAUAUCAGAUCCAAAUGGUUACCAAAAAACGGAAAAAAACGAGUUACCAAUUCAACCGAGCAUUAUUUACGAAAUAAGACAUGUGCGCAAAAUAAACAAGUUGCAAAAUGCAUGGACGCCUGAACAGGACCUGUGCGAUCAAAUUGAUGAUACAGCGGGGAAUCUCGUCACAGAUUCAGACUCGAGCUCGGACGACUAUCGCUCUAAAUGUGAGGGAGAAGCUUUAUUAUUCUACGGUAGCAAGUCAAAAAUAUCUUCCCAUAAUUCGGUAUCACCCCUCCACACCUUUAGUCUUUCCCUGCCUAGAGAUGGUCACUUACAACAUGCGCGGAAGCUUGAUAAUUUAAAGUCAAAUGAUGUAUGCAUUUACAAAAGCCUUCGGAAGAGAAAGCCUGAAUUUUUUUUCAGCAAACGGCCGGGUUGUCAGGCUUCCAUCUCAAAUAUUCCGACUGCGGGUAUUUCUACAACAAAAAUUGAUGGCUUCGAGAACUGGAUGCUGCAUAAAAAUGUCGGAAAAAAUGGAGUUUGCUUGAAUAGAAUUAAGGAUACAAAUAAUAGCCAGGAAUUGCCUGUUAUUGAACAACAAUCACUAAAAACACUAGCUGGGGGAAAGCACGUAAUGUAUUUGCCCGGAAACAACGACAAGCCCGCUUACAAUAGCUCCAGAGGUGAACUAGAAACUUGCAAAACAAAACCCAGUCGUCAUUUCCAAAGCCGACAACGCCACGUACCUGAAAACCUGCAAGAUAGAACUCCAAUAUAUCCAAUUACGAGUGCAACUGAAACGAAUGUAAAAUUAGCUGAUAGGUUUCAUCAGCGAUUUACAUUUCAUAAUCCAGUCCGCUUAUUGGAGAAGUUGUAUUCAGAUAGAUCAACAAGAGAUGUCGAUACUGAAAAUAUUCACAGAAGCGAGGUUGAAGCUUUAAAAAGAGUGGAGGAAGAUUUUCAACGCAAUCGUGCAAAUGAAAAAGAGAGUAUUCGUCAUCAGUUACAACUUCAUUUUGGUCUUGAAAGUAAAAACAAAGGACUUUACCACAGCCUGCCCAAUCCAUCAAUGCUUGAUAGCUUUUCUUCCAUUGACAUAAAUGACAGUAACAAUAACACGUUUUGUCGAGAUGAUCCGGAGGGCUGUGCGUCCAACGCGUUCCCUGUGGGUCCUGAAGGUAACACCUGCUGAUCAUUAUGAGGUGCGAUAGAUAAUAAGUCUUCCCCGAAAUUCAUUAGCAAAUAAAUAUGUAUAUAAAUAAACAAA